CACCUCCAGCAAGGGAGGGCAGCGAUUACCUGUUGCUGUUUGUCAGAUGAGGUGCAUCUGGGCCUAAUCGGAAAAAAAACAACAUCAUGUGGACAACCGCCCAGGUGCAAGAGGAAAGCGCUAAACCAUUGAAUCCCAGGCAGGCAGUGGUUCCACGGCCAGGCCGUCACAGAAGGCCCAUGACGUCACCAAAGACUCAAGACAAGGCGUCUAAGAGGAAGAGAGUGUUGCUGACUAUCUUGGUAGUGGUGGUUUUUCUGGGAAUAUUGGCCACUGCAGCAUAUUUUAUUAAGAAGCUAAUCGACAGCAAAUACUUCUUCUGUUCACAAUCAUUCAAGUUCAUCCCAUUAGACAAAACCUGUGACGGGAUAGAUGACUGUGCCGGCAGUCAGGAUGAAAUUACAUGUAUGUCAAGCUUUAGCGCCAACACUACAUAUCCAGUGCGUCUCAUGUCAAGUAAGCAGGUCCUGCAGGUGUACAGUCCUGGCUCCGGUUGGAGGAGUGUGUGUAGUGAAGACUGGACCGAGCAGCACACAAAGACAGCAUGCAAUCAGCUGGGAUACGCAGAUAAACCUCAGAGCACCAAUGUCCCAGUGAACACGUUAAUGUCCUCCCUGAAAACUGGGCCGUUCACAGCCGUCAGACCUGCGACUAGAACCACACCAAUACACCAGGCUACCAUUGACCGCACUGCAUGCAGAUCUGGAUCUGUGAUAUCUUUGUCUUGUUCAGACUGUGGAUCGGUUGGCAAUCAGGACCGUAUCGUCGGGGGCACAGAUGCGGCCAUCGAGGACUGGCCGUGGCAGGUCAGCCUGCAGCAGGGUGGGCAGCAUACGUGUGGAGGCUCACUGGUGUCACCUCGCUGGGUAGUCACUGCUGCCCACUGCUUCACAGGCGGUAAGAAGGAGCUGACUCGCUGGAAAGUGGUGUCAGGCCGGACAUUCAUGGGCACACUGGGAGGUUCCAGUGUGGACAGAAUCAUAGUGAAUGGAGAGUACGAUCCAGCACAAAAUGACCAUGACAUAGCACUGAUGAGACUCAGCAGCCCGAUCACAGUGGGAGUUGCCCGCAAGCCAGUUUGCCUCCCCCCUAAAGCUUUUGGCCUGGCAGCUGGAGCUUCCAUGGCAGUGACAGGCUGGGGAUACCUGGAGGAAAAUGGUAAAGUGUCUCCUUCACUUCAGAAGGCCACCAUCCCUUUGAUAGACCACAGUGUGUGUGCCAGUCCCACAGUGUAUGGCAGUGCCGUGUCCCAAAGAAUGAUCUGCGCCGGUUUCAUGAAGGGGGGAAUUGAUGCCUGCCAGGGGGACAGUGGGGGUCCUCUGGUGCACUUCUCCUCCUCUCGAUGGCAUCUGUUUGGAGUGGUGAGCUGGGGUGUUGGCUGUGCCCGAGAAAGGAGGCCAGGUGUCUACUGCAGCGUGGAAGAAAUGCUCAACUGGAUUCAUGCAGUCAUGGAGAAAAACUCCUGAGAGAAGCAGCCACUACAAGACUCCAGUCCAGAGUGACAAUGUGAGACGGUAGGAGAGAAAGGAGAGAAAGGACAAGAUGUGGAUAACCUGAUAACACAGCCAUCAGCAUAAGCAUACAUACAAAACACACAAAUUCACAAACUCACUUUUUUUUUUACAGACCGAUUACAGGUGUUGUUUGUGCCAUUUCAGGUUCUUAUCUCAGGGGACAAGUUUAUAUAUAUGUAGCUGUCUGUUGCUGGCCAGUCUGAAAUCAUGAAACAAACAAUAACAACAUUAAUUUUGUGUUGACAGACCCACUUCAACAGGUUUUAAAUCAAAGAAUAUUUAAAAAAACAAAAACAAAAAACUGUUCAGCAGUCUUCAAACAGUUCUAUUUUGCACCUUAGCAGACUGGCAGACCUCAGACAUAAUGUACUUGAUAACUGUGAUUUUAGGUGGGAGAUGUUUUAUGAGGGUUCACGGGGUUAAUCUGCUAUAUUAAGAUAGGCAUCGAGUGUAAAGCCUCAGGUUAUUACCACUAGUUACAUUAGUUCUGUGCAUUUAUGGUGCCGAGUCAGUUGAUCUGAUUUGUGCCCCUGCGAAUGGACAAAUGCACCGUCAUUAGCGAUGAGGUGCUUGCUCCCUUCCACAAAAUGGUUGACAUGAGCACUUUAAUUGAAAGAGUGAGAAGUACUUGACCUUACUGUGUAUAUGUGCGUAUGUGUGCGAGUGUACUUGCGUGUGAUUAUCUCUUUAGGAACAUUACUGGUGUGAACACUAACCUUGUCAGGACCAGUAGUCCUCAUGGAAACCCAAACCUGGUCCUGAUGAGGCAGACCCUUGUUUAUGGGCAACUGGUUAAGUUUAGGGCUACAAUUUGAAAUGCGGUUAUGUUAAUGAUGGGGUUAUGACUGGUUAUGGUUAGGGAUGACGCUUUGUUUAGGCUGUCCAAAUGAAUGGAUGUCAAUGUGGUGUCCUAAGAAGGUGUGCCAAUCUGUGUGUGUUUGUGCUUGUGUGUAAUGUAGAUGAUUCAUGUGCACUGAAGACAAAAAAAAAAAAUCACUGUUGUGUGUUCUUGGUGCCUUCACACUCACUGAGGCUCAAUUAACCUGGGAGAUCAGGUGCGCCUUUGGAAAACCCAUAAUAUUAUCUAGCGUGAUGCCAUGUUGUUUUGCCUGCCUGCACCGCCAGAGAAUUUAAACACACCUUUCUAAAUGUAAGCAGGUGUUUUUUAUUUUAUUUUGUACACUUGGGCAAAACUACACCAUCAUCUCUUCAAUUGUUCUGUACUGUAUGUAGCAAAUACAAAGCCAAGCUGUGUCACGUUUUAAAAUAUGUUCUAUUUGGCAUUCUUGAAUUAAAAAAUUAUAGUAAUAAUAGCGAUUGAUUUUAUUCCUCAAAUGUUGCAUACAGUACAGCAGUGGGAAACAGUUGACUGUAUAAAGGGUGGAUGUUGAUUUUAUUUACCUGUAAAUGUAAAUAUGUAUGUAAAUAUAAUAAAGACAUUUUUCUUUAACGUG